AAGUGCUGUUUUGUAGUAACAGAGACAAGACUGGUGAUAAAGAGAGUUUCAAAACCCUAGAAAUCUCUUGAGAAUGUCAGCCACUGACGGUGCUUGCAAUGGCUCAGACCUCAGAAAGAGUGGUGAGACGUGGCAUUGGCAAGGGGAGGAAUUUCGUCUUCGAAAAGAUGCGGGUUACUGUGAGUUUAGGCCCCUAUUCCCAGUUUUUUCAAAAGGCAAAUAUGUUAAUUAAACUAGUGGCUUGGCCAAAAAAAAAAAAAAAAAAAAAAAAAAUUUAGGAUAAGACAGAGAGCAGUGAUGUUUGAGUUGGUGCUAUUAUUUUGAGCAGAGAUGUCAGGUUGUCAAUGGAGUGAAGUGACUUUGAAUGCAGAAGAUGUUUCUUACAUGCUUGAUGAUGAAACGACCCCUGUUAAGGCGUGUGAGGAUUUGGCUUACUAUGCUACUCAUUGUGGUAAUAUGAAUAAGAAACCAAUAGAAUAUAGGGAGUCUUCUUCGCAAGUAAAGAGGCGGCGGAUGCUACAGUUUGACAAUCAAGUAGUAGACUCUUCUUUGUGCGGCAAUGAGAUGCCUUCUGCAAUCCUAAAAUCAAUUGAGAGAGGGGAACCAGUUGAAUAGGUUUUACCUGAAGCAUCACAGUGGAUUUCUGGGUUUUCAGGAGAUGUGUCUGCCUCGGGUUAUGAGAACCUGGAUGAGUCAUUUGAUGGGUGGUUUACCCAAUCCUUUAACGAUGCUGAGACAAAUAUCAGCUCUGCUAAUAUGAACUUCUCUGGAGCAUCAAAUGUACAAAUUCAGGUUCCAGAGUUCAGCAAUUCGCCACCUACAUGUGAUGCUAAUGCAGUUCAACAAUGUGUGACUCAAACUCCUGGAAAUGAUGUUUUUAAAGGCAGAAAAUCUUUCAUACGGACCCCUACUAAAUUAGCUUCUUCAGUUGCCUAUCCAUUUGCCUUCAUAAAACCAUGUGGAGUCCAUGGAGAUGUUACUCUGAAGGACAUAAACCAGCGAAUCCACACACCACCAUCAAAUUCAAAGCAAAAUAUUGAAGAUCCCUCUGCCUACCCAACUUCAGCAUUUUCUGGGAAGCCUGUCGUUGGCAAAACAAAAAUUCAAACUGAAGGAGGAAAAGGCAGCAUCACAAUUAUGAGAACCAAAGGAUGAGUAGAUAAGUUUUCUUCCAAAAUUCAAGCAUAUAAAUUAACAUCGAAAAUUCUAUUUUUGAAGUAACUCGGGGAUUUCGUUAAGUCACAGCACAGUGUUUAUGUUUCCCAGUUGUGUUUUAUUAUUGUAUUUAAGGUCUCUUGUAGCUCUUCAUCUGACCUGACCUUGCUUGUAGACUCCAAUGUAACCAUGAUGCU